CGCAAAGCGGAGACGAACUUGCUCGUUGACUUGAUGUUAGACUUGAAUUUCAAACGUCGUCUAGGCGAACUUUUCACGCGCCUGUACAAGCGUCUAGUCACAGCCAGGCUCCGCGAUUUAGAUUUGCAAGAUCAGAACGAGCUGGGCGAUUUCACUUGCCAAAUUUUUACGAGAGCAGACGUCACGCAAGGUUUGGUGACAAAUCUUGCGAGUCUACUUCUAGCAGGAAAUAAAGAGCAGGAGAAGGAGAACUACAACGACAAGGUCGUGGAUCAUGUCGCACUUCAUCUUGAAAAAGUCUACAAAAAGGAGUUGUUGGCACAACCAGAGAAGGUGGACGAGGACGAGCUCGAGCAGCAUGAGCCUGGUUCUCCGAAGUUGAGCACACCUCCUAUUUCACCAAGACGUGUGGUCCAAGUUGUAGGGGGCGUUGAAGUCGAUGGAGAAGAUCAAAGGCGACAACAAAUACAAAAAAUUCAACGUCAACUCCAGGAACAAAAGUAUCCUAGUUCAUCCUUUCGCUUGUCUCAGAAGCUGCUAGAAACUAUCACUUACUUGACGGAGGAGUUGCAUACCCCUUCUUUGCUGCUACCCCCGAGCAGCAACCCGUUUUUAGACGGCAACGCUCCUGGAGUUAUAAGCAUGCCGCCUAUCCGGGUCAACGGAAACACCGCUCCACAGCAACGAGGAGGCGAAGACACCUUGGUUACAAACGCGUACGACAACGCUCCCCAGAACAAUGUCGCGCUCAAUUCCAAAACGGUCGGCCGAUACUACCCCCUAGAUUUGGACUUGUACGUGUUGCCAGGUAUAGUCGCGCACACAACGACAAUGCGCGAUAAAAAAGACUUAGAUAUUAAACUUGAAAGUAGAAGGAGGCUGAAAGAAUUUGAUGUUGACAGGGCUGCAGGGAAUAGCUGCGAAGACCACGCUGAUAGUGAUAGGUAUUGGGAGGACAAGAAGAUGAGUAACGGAAACACAAGUAGAUUGGGCAUUGGUCAAGAAGCAGCAGAAUUCUUCAAGAAGCAAAGCAUCCCAUUCCCACUUCGCGAAGCCAUCAUGCCGCGAAGUUUCCGCACCUCGUCCCGACUGAUUCGGGAAAGUGGCCUAAUGCAGUGUAGCUUAGAUCUGCUCUAUGUUUUGGACCACCGCUCGGUCGCGAAAGAGCUUCUCUUAAAAUCUGAU